CUUGUGUUGGUGGGGAAAUGUUAUUAUUUAGUGUUUUGAUUGGUUGAAACCUGUGCUUCAGCAGAAUAAUACUGUACGCCUGACCCAGCUGGAAGACAAGGGAGUUGAUUUGGUGUGUGUUUGUGUUAACAAAGCCGCUAGUGUACGUCUCUCUGGCAUGAUCACACAUUAUUUGUUCUGAAAGAGUGAUUUGUCCUAACAGGUCCGUCAAUGCACCCCUCCGAGUUAAUGGCAGAGAUGCGAAACAGUGGGUUUGCGCUGAAGAAAUGUGUCCUUGGGAGGGACAGCACCAUGAGUGAUCCAGCACAGGAGCUUGUGGCCAGUGAGGAAGACGACCCUGAGGUGGAGUUCCUGAAGUCUCUGACCACCGAAAAAAAGCAGAAACUGCUUAGAAAAUUUGACCGUCUUGAAAAGAAAAAGAAGCAGAAAAAGAAACCAGUUAAGAGUGCGAGUUCAUCCAGCAGCUCAUCAGACAGCAUCUCUCUGAGGAUGAGAAACAUGCCGGAAAGAAAGCCAAGAAGAAGAGCAAGAGAAGGAGAGACUCGUCCAGUGACAGCAGCUCUGAGAGAGAGCGCAAGAAAGACUCCAAACACGCACAUUCAAAACACAAUGAGCACAGAGUUCAGAGGUCACCAGACAAGCACAGCAGAGAGAGAUGGAGAGACGACGAAGAGGGAGGUAGAGAUAGACGCAGGAGCCCUCGGUGACAGAGAGAUGAGAAGGAGAGAUACAGGAGCAGGAGGAGAGAACGGAGCAGGAGCCCUCGGUGACCGAGAGAUGAGAAAGAGGGAGGUAAGGAGAGAUGCAGGAGUAGGGAGAGGAGGAGAGAACGGAGCAGGAGCCCUCGGUGACCGAGAGAUGAGAAAGAGGGAGGUAAGGAGAGAUGCAGGAGUAGGGAGAGGAGGAGAGAACGGAGCAGGAGUCCUCGGUGACGGAGAGAUGAGAAAGAGAGAGGUAAGGAGAGACACAGGAGCACGAGCAGGGAGAGAGGAGACUGGAGCAAAGAAUGAGACAAGGGCAAGAGGGUAAGAAGCAGAAAUCGGGAAAGAGUUAGAAACUCUGAUAGAAAUGAACACAGUAGAGGGAAAUAGCUGAACGUGGACACCAUCAUUACUUCACUGACUUCUCUCAGAUUAAAGGAAUUAUUCAAAUGAAGCUU